CUUACAAACAAUAGCAUUCACAACAAAUAAAGAAGUCGGUUGUAUUCCUGGCAUGAUUCUGUUCGAAACAAUCGUUUCAAGCAUUGUUUCAAGUGAUCAGUCUUCUUAGCGAUCUUGACGAAUUCUAACCGACAGAGAAAACUCUCUUGGCACAAUUUUGAGGAUUCAUCUCUCUGUGUGUGCUUUUUUUUUUACUUUUAUUUAUUCGUAUUGGAACAUAGUGUAGUUUUAAUUAAAUUAUCACAAAUUCACAAUUGAAUUCGGGAUAUAGAAAUUUUGUAAAUAAUAAAAUAUGCACAGGUUGCUGCUGUCGUUUUUAUUCGUGGUUUGUUUAAGCAGUCAAUAUGCGGAGGCGUAUCUUUUUAACAUGACAGAGUAUUUAAGAAUGCCGCCGAUGGCACGAAUGGAUGACUAUGAUAGGUGUUUUCUUGAUAUACCCGAAGGCGCAACCGCCACAUUUUGUAUGGUUACCUCACUGAUCAAGCCCAAUGAAAGCUCAGACAUUUGGAAUAUCAUCAAUAAAUAUUCAUCGGAUAGGAAACGUAUCUAUCGCCAUGAUCGAUUGUCGCGUGGCAUUUGUAUGAAUUGGUGCAAGAAACAAAUGAAUUACUUCGAUUAUGAUACCAGGAAAUCGUAUUACAUUGAAAACUUUUACAAUGACACAGAAAUUUAUAAGGAUCCAAAUUUUCAUACACGUGCCCUUGCUGAUCGUGCACGAUACUACCAAUAUGCCACCGAAUGUGUGAACUAUGAACUGCGCAAACAGUACGGUUUAAUGGCUCAAUCACAGAUUCGAUAUUGCAUUACGAACAAGGACAAUAUCCAAUCAACAUAUGAUAGUCUCGAUGUUAUCUUCGUAAUUCUUUGUACUGUAUUAGCCAUUUUGGUGGUGCUAUCAACCAGUUAUGAUUUUCAUUUGAAGAGGAAUAAUUUACCCCACUUAUGCAAUCGUGAACAUUACAAGCGCCCUGUUGAUAACACCGGAUUAACAACGUUGUUGCUUUGUUUUUCGCUUCCGAGAAAUUGGUACAAACUGACACUUGAGACACAAAAUUCGGAACUGUCCAGAGAUCUGCGAUCGAUAAAUGCCUUUCGGACGAUAUGCAUGUUCGGUGUGAUAUGUGCACAUUGUGCAUUGGCCAACAAUAUGUGCCCCCAGCUAAAUCCAUAUUAUAUCGAACAAAAAUAUUUCAUCACAAGUCACAUGAUUAUUAUCAAUGGUGCAAAUGCUCUACAAUCAUUUUUUGCAAUUACUGGUUUCCUCAUUGCAAUACAGUUUGUGGAUUUGCGUGAGAAAUAUAAAUUCAAAUUUUCAUUCUUUUGGAAGGCCAUCAUCUAUAGAUACCUGAGAUAUACGCCCGUCUACACAUUCAUUUUGCUGUUUAAUGCAACGUUCUUGUAUAAACUGCGUGAAGGACCAUCGUGGCCCAUUUUAGCCGAUGCGGAGCGUCUUGCCUGUCGUAAUAAUUGGUGGACGAAUCUGCUUUACAUCAAUAAUUUUGUAAAUGUUCGUGAACCGUGUAUGCAACAUGCAUGGUAUUUGGCAGCCGAUUUUCAGCUGGUCAUAGUGGGAACACUCAUUCAAAUGAUUAUUUGGAAGUUCACAAAGUGGACAAAAAUGGUAUUUGGCACAACAUUUGCGAUUUCAUUUUUGAUUCCCGCCAUAAUAACAUAUCGCUACAGUUUUGAAGGCACAUUUAUGGCAUCACCAGAAACGACCAGAUAUGCACAUUGGUACGAUGAACAAUAUCAAACGAUUUACAUUCCAUUCUAUACGAAUAUGGGCAGUUUUGUGCUCGGAAUGAUAGCUGGCCUACUUUAUUGUAAGCAUAAACAAGGACACAUCGAUUUAACCAAGUCAAAGGUAUUGCCAGUACUUUGGUACAGUUUAUUGCCGAUAGCAUUUUUGGGUCUUUACUCCGGCGCACUUUUCUACGCAAAUAACUUUGAAAAGCCGGCCAUUUGGAUUGCUAUCUAUGCUGCUGUUAUGAAAAGUUUAUGGGGAGUAUUUGGUGCAACGCUUGUGCUUGGCUCCGCUUUGAAUACAGGAUGGGUGUUCAAGAAUAUAUUGCGAAUGCAAGUAUUCCGAACGAUGGGUCGUUUGACUUUUGGUGCCUAUCUAAUUCAUCCAUCGGUGAUUCGUGCAUCGUACGGUAGCAUGCGUCAUCCAUUUUUCACCGACGAUUUUCGAGUGUAUGAUAACACAGUGUCCGCCUUUGUCACCUCCUAUGUUUUAUCAUUUUUCGUGUGUAUGCUGAUCGAAAUGCCAUUUUCCAUCAUUCAAAAGCUGAUAUUCAAUCGUGAUAGUAAUCGAAGCGAAAAAACCAUUUACGAAACAACCGAAACCGAAGCAAUAAAAUUGUCGAAAAAAAUGGUAGAAGUCGAAGAGAAAACCAUUAAAUCGUUCAAUUGAGCGUCAAUUUGCUGACGCAUGUACGUGUAUCAUCGAAUGAAGCAUCGCACUUGAUAGAUGUGAGAUAUAUAUAUAGGCGCUUAAUUUAUACAAGUGAAACGACACACCCGUUGAUCAGGAAUAUUAAGCUAUCUAAAGUCAAAUGUGAAUAAAUUAAAUAGAAUUAAUAAAAAUAAAUUAGUAAAUUUAAA